AUGGGCGAAUCCGCAGACGAGGAUCCCAAACGAGCAGCGAGAUGGAUGCCGUUUAACGACAAUUUGGCGGCCGCGAAGAGCUUGGCGCAAUUGGACUGGACUCAAGUUAUAGACUUGCGUUAA